AUGGCCGAGAUUUCAGAGAUCUUAGACUUCCUAUGGAAGCCCCCGCGACAGUCUGGCACUGUGAAAGGCCCUCCAAUUAACAGAUUCCGCCCGGAGAAUUUCCACUACUACCAAAACUGGGGAUUCACGAUUUACCGUACAUAUUACGGCACCGAAUCUGACAAGCACUGGGAGACUCUGCUUGAAGUCCUUAGCCAGCAAACCCUGUUGUCUGUUGGGUAUCACGAGAAUGAACGACUUUGGAAGAUGGACAGAAAUUGCUAUAUGGGCCCUUAUAAAGAUAAAGCCAAGUAUGUGGCCUCACUGGAGACUUUCAAGAGCCUAUUUCGACUGGUUCCCAGAGAGGAUCAGUUGCUGUUGAAAGACCUCGAUAUUAAGGGUCUACGGGAGGUUUGUCAACAAGAACACCCCGAAGCAGAGAAGAGGGUGGCAGGCGCGUCAUUCUGUUUCGUACUGGUCGCCGAUAAGGCAGUACUUGAGGGUAUCGCGCGGCAGGAUUUUGUAGUCAAGGCACUUGGCUAUGACUGGGAAGGUCGUAUCGAACACGGUGGCUGGGGUUGGGUCAGGCUGCGAACAGGCCGCUUGCUUGAGCUAUGGGAAGCACUGCUGCUUUCACAGGUGAUGGACACCAACAAGUAUUAUUCUCUGGGGUUUGAAGGCCCAGAGAAGGACUUGGAAACCUACCUCUGGAUUGGAGACAUGUCUAUGCCUCCCUUGCGUGAUUGCUCUGAGGCUCAGGUGGCUGAUCCAUUGAGUGUAUCUAUGAAGAUUCAAUGUUACUUCCUUGCAAAUCAUUAUGUCCAUAACUAA